GCUGCUACAAUAAAUAAACCUAAAUUUGAGUAGAGUUGGAUUAUUUCCCCCAAAUAAAACGAAGACUAACUGACCAUGUGGGAGCCGCCUCGACUGAGUGCAUCGCUACGAGCCAAAACGGAACUCGAAUCGAAAAAGAGGCGUUACAGUGGACUGAACCAUGUUCGAACGAAAUCAGCUGUAGCUUCCACGCAGACAAAUUUGAAAGAGAAAGCGGAACAGACUAUAGGGCAAUUGCUGGCGCAGUUGCCGGCUGAUAAGCAGCCGGUAUGCAAGGUGCAGCUGCAAAAGCUGCGCAAUUUGGUCCAGGAAAGCAUGGGCUACGAGGAGCAGCCCCAGGUUGUGGAGCAUGCAGCACUGUAUCUGUUCUGGCUGAUGCUGGAUCAGCGUGUGCUGCUGGUGGCCACCACCAAUCGGCUGCACACAAUGUUCGGCAACACAUUCGAUCGGAAUCGCACGCAAAUCCACAAAUCUGUGCUGGCUGUGGCCGCUGAGCUUGAGGAGUACGAACUACUGGCCCUGAAGCGCUGGAGGCACUCGCAGGGAAGGACAUCAUCAGAGCGCCCGCUCUGGGGCGAAAAUGUACGCGUCAGCUGCACCCCAGCUGACUGGUUGGAUGUUAGCUUCCUGACGGAUCUUUCGCCAGAUGCGCUGCUCAACAAUCGCACCGUCAACAAGUUUUCCAUGGAGUACAAGACCGACGGCACAGAAGUGUCGGCAGUAAGACUGCCAGCCGUGGACGGCUACAAGUUAAGCGCACAGUUGGAGUCGCUGCUGAGCCUGUCGGAGAAAAUGGAGGAUGACGAUCUGUUAACUCGGGUGGGUGACAUGCUCAGCUCCAAGCGCAGCAGCGAGAUUCUGCAGAACGAGCUAAUGGAACUGCUGGGCUUUGAGCAUUUCGAACUGGUUGGCCAGUUGCUGCAAGAUCGCUCCAAGAUUGCCCAGCAGCUGGAGCAAUACGCAACGCGAACGCGACGUCUCAAACAGGUGAAGCAGAAGCGUCAACAGGCCACAGCCGGCAACGAAAAGCGUCCGACAGUGGCUAGCGCAGUUGUGGUGCAGUCAGCAGAGGAGCGGGAGCUGGGCAAGCAGCAGCGACGCGAGGAGAAGAAACUGCAACGCAUCAUGCGCAACAUCAAGGAUAACGACAAAGAGGAUGACGAGACGUCCGGUGCUGUAGCCAUCUCAGCGCAACAGCUACGCAUGCAGUACCAGCGCAAACUACUGGAGGCAGCCCAACGAGAACCACUGCUUCUCUCCACCAAAGCAUUGAAAGCAGAGCAGUCCACGUACACGGCACCCAUACGCUAUCCCUAUGUCUUCGAUAGCCAACGGGAGGCCAAACAGCAUGCCGGAUUUAUUGGUGGCAGCCGCAUUACAUUGCCGGACAAUGCUGUACGUAUCGACAGUAAGCAGUGGGAGGAGGUCAAGAUACCGGCCAGCGAGCCACCGCCUCUGACCGUGGGCAAUAAGCGCAUCCAAAUCGAAGAGCUGGACGACAUUGGUCAGAUGGCGUUUGCCAACUGUAAGGAGCUAAAUCGCAUACAAUCUGUGGUUUAUCCGGUGGCCUAUCAUAGCAAUGAGAACAUGUUAGUCUGUGCUCCCACUGGCGCCGGCAAGACGAAUGUCGCAAUGUUGAGCAUUGUGCAUACGAUUCGCUGUCAUCUGGAGCAAGGCGUGAUCAAUCGAGAUCAGUUCAAGAUUGUCUACAUUGCGCCCAUGAAGGCAUUGGCCGCCGAAAUGGUAGAGAACUUCUCCAAGCGUUUGAAAUCGCUGCAGAUCAGCGUGCGCGAGCUGACCGGCGACAUGCAGCUGACCAAGGCUGAGAUGGCCGCCACCCAGAUACUGGUCACAACGCCAGAGAAGUGGGAUGUGGUAACCAGAAAGGCCGGUGGCGAUGUGGCAUUGGUCAGUCUUGUCCAGCUGCUCAUCAUUGACGAAGUGCAUCUGCUACACGGCGAACGUGGACCCGUUGUGGAGGCGCUAGUGGCCCGCACCUUGCGUCUGGUGGAAUCCUCGCAGUCCAUGAUCCGCAUCGUGGGCUUAUCGGCAACGCUGCCCAACUAUAUUGAUGUCGCCCGCUUUUUACGCGUGAAUCCCAUGAAGGGUCUGUUCUACUUUGACUCCCGUUUUCGACCUGUGCCCUUGGAUACCAACUUUAUUGGCAUCAAAUCGGUAAAGCCGCUGCAGCAGAUCGCCGACAUGGAUCAAUGCUGCUAUCAGAAGUGCGUCGAGAUGGUACAGCAGGGCCAUCAGGUAAUGGUCUUUGUGCACGCUCGCAACGCCACCGUGCGGACGGCCAAUGUGCUGCGCGAGCUGGCUCAGCAGAACAACACGAGUGCUUUGUUUUUGCCAAAGGAUAACAAUGCAUUUGGCUUAGCCAGCCGUUCCAUACAGAAGAGCCGAAAUAAGCAGCUGGUGGAGCUGUUCUCCUGCGGCUUGGCAAUGCAUCAUGCUGGCAUGCUGCGCGCCGAUCGCCAAAUGGUGGAGAAAUAUUUUGUGGAGGGUCACAUCUCGGUGCUGGUCUGCACAGCGACGCUAGCCUGGGGCGUUAAUUUGCCAGCCCAUGCGGUCAUCAUACGCGGCACAGAUAUCUACGAUGCGAAGCAUGGCAGCUUUGUGGAUCUGGGUAUACUGGAUGUACUGCAGAUCUUUGGUCGAGCGGGUCGUCCGCAGUUCGAUAAGAGCGGCGUAGGCACCAUCAUAACCAGCUACGACAAACUUAAUCACUAUCUCUCCUUGCUGACCAAUCAAUUCCCAAUCGAAUCCAACUUUGUGCAAUGUCUGGCUGACAAUUUGAAUGCCGAAAUUGGGUUGGGCACUAUUACCAACGUGGAGGAGGCCAUCGAGUGGCUUAGCUACACCUACCUUUUUGUCCGCAUGCGCAUUAAUCCACACGUCUAUGGAAUCGAGUACACGGAACUUCAGCAGGAUCCAACGUUGGAGGCACGCCGUCGCGCUUUAAUCAUGUCCGCAUCGAUGAGCUUGGAUAAGGCCAAGAUGAUGCGUUUCAAUCAACGAACGAUGGACAUGAAUAUCACUGACUUGGGCCGCACUGCAUCGCAUUUCUAUAUCAAAUAUGACACGGUGGAAACGUUCAAUGAACUUAUGAAGCCGUUCAUGAACGAAGCAGAGCUGCUGGCCAUGAUGUCGCAGGCACAGGAGUUUCAACAGCUCAAGGUGCGCGAUGACGAACUGGAGGAGUUGGAUGAACUACGCGAAUACUACUGCAAACUGAAGGCCUUCGGAGGCAGCGAGAAUGUUUGCGGCAAAGUGAACAUCCUAAUACAAACGUAUCUGUCCAAUGGUUAUGUCAAGUCAUUUUCAUUGAUCUCCGAUAUGUCGUAUAUAACGCAAAAUAUUGGCAGAAUUGCACGCGCCUUGUUCUCGAUUGUGUUGAGGCAGAACAAUGCCAUUUUGACUGGUCGCAUGCUGGAACUGUGCAAGAUGUUCGAGCGCAGGCAGUGGGAAUUUGACAGCCAUUUGCGACAGUUUCCAGCUAUCAAUGCGGAGACCAUUGACAAACUGGAGCGCCGUGGUCUGAGCAUCUAUCGUCUGCGGGACAUGGAACAGCGCGAGCUAAAGGAAUGGCUGCGCAGCGAUCGCUAUGCAGAGCUGGUCAUACGCUCGGCACAGGAACUGCCCCUGCUGGAGGUGGAAGCCAGCCUGCAGCCGAUUACACGAACCGUGCUGCGCAUCUCGAUAACCAUCUGGCCGGAUUUCACUUGGAACGAUCGUGUGCAUGGCAAGACCAGCCAAAGCUUCUGGCUAUGGAUCGAGGAUCCGGAGUCGAACUACAUUUACCACUCGGAACUUUUUCAGCUGAGUCGCAAGUCCGUUUUUAGCGGCAAGUCGCAGCAGCUCGUGAUGACCAUUCCAUUAAAGGAGCCAUUACCGCCACAGUACUACAUACGCGUGACCAGCGAUACCUGGCUGGGCAGCACCAGCUGUGUGCCGCUCUCCUUCCAGCAUCUCGUUCUGCCCGAACAUCAUCCGCCGCUGACGGAGUUGCUCCCACUGCGUCCGCUGCCCGUGAGCAGUCUGGAAAAUGAGAUCUACGAAUCACUGUACAAGUUCACACACUUCAAUCCCAUACAGACGCAAAUCUUUCACUGUCUCUACCACACGGACAACAAUGUGCUGCUCGGUGCACCGACGGGCAGUGGCAAAACAAUUGUCGCGGAAAUUGCCAUUUUCCGUGCACUGAAUCUGGACCCUAAAUGUAAAGUGGUUUAUAUAGCUCCGUUGAAGGCGCUCGUCAAGGAACGGAUUGCGGAUUGGCAGCAGCGUUUCGAGCAAUCCGAGUUGGGGCUUAAAGUCGUUGAGUUAACUGGUGACGUUACGCCGGACAUUAGGGCCAUACGUGAAUCGCAGUUGAUUGUGACGACGCCGGAGAAAUGGGACGGCAUUAGUCGCUCGUGGCAGACCCGCGACUAUGUCCAGCAUGUGGCAUUGAUUGUGAUCGAUGAGAUUCAUCUGCUUGGUGAAGAUCGUGGUCCCGUCAUCGAGGUCAUUGUUUCCCGCACCAAUUUCAUUAGCUCGCACACUGGCCGCUCCAUACGCAUUGUGGGCUUGUCAACGGCACUGGCGAAUGCGCAGGAUUUGGCCAACUGGCUGGGCAUUGAGCGCAUGGGUCUCUACAAUUUCAAGCCAUCGGUGCGACCCGUGCCACUGCAGGUGCACAUCAAUGGCUUCCCCGGCAAGCACUAUUGUCCGCGCAUGGCCACGAUGAAUCGACCCACCUUCCAGGCAAUACGCACGUAUUCGCCGUGCGAGCCGACCAUUGUGUUUGUCUCCUCGCGUCGACAGACACGUCUAACAGCCUUGGAUCUGAUCACUUUUGUGGCUGGCGAUGAGAAUCCCAAACAGUUUCUGCACAUUGCCGAGCACGAAAUGGAGCUGAUAAUGCAGAACAUACGCGAUCAGAACUUGAAGUUCUGUCUGGCCUUUGGUAUUGGACUGCAUCAUGCCGGUCUGCAGGAGCCGGAUCGUAAGUGUGUCGAAGAGCUGUUCCUAAAUCGGAAGAUACAGAUUCUAGUGGCCACCGCCACGCUGGCCUGGGGUGUCAAUCUGCCCGCCCAUCUGGUGGUCAUCAAGGGCACCGAAUACUUCGACGGCAAGGUAAAGAAAUAUGUGGACAUGCCCAUCACAGAUGUGCUGCAGAUGAUGGGACGCGCUGGUCGGCCGCAGUUUGAUAACGAGGGCGUUGCCGUCGUUCUGGUGCACGAUGAGAAGAAGAACUUUUACAAGAAGUUCCUCUAUGAUCCGUUCCCAGUUGAGUCCAGUCUGCUGGGCGUAUUGCCGGAGCACAUCAACGCUGAGAUCGUGGCGGGCACUGUGCAAACCAAACAGGCGGCACUGGAUUACCUCACCUGGACCUAUUUCUUCCGACGACUAUUGCGCAAUCCAUCCUACUAUCAACUGGAGGGCAUUGAGCCGGAGAAUGUGAACGCCUUCAUGUCCAGCCUGGUGGAACGUGUCCUCUACGAGCUGGAGGGUGCUGCCUGUGUCGUUGAGCGUGAGGGGCAACUUGUGCCCACGUUUCUGGGCCGCAUCAGCUCCUACUACUAUCUGUCAUACCGCACAAUGAAGCAUUUCCUCGAGAACCUCCACCCGGGCAUGGACACCAAGGAAGUGCUGCUGGCCAUUUGUGAUUCCUAUGAGUUUGACCAGCAACCUGUGCGUCACAACGAAGAUAAGCAUAACGAAGAGCUAGCCGAGACGACUCGCUUCCGUCCGCCAUCGGCCAGUUGGGAUUCGCCCUACACAAAGACAUUUCUGCUGCUCCAGGCGCAUUUCUCACGCCUGCCACUGCCCAACUCAGACUAUCUGACCGAUACCAAGUCAGCGCUGGAUAAUGCCACGCGCGUCAUGCAAGCCAUGGUGGACUACACGGCGGAACGGGGCUGGCUAUCGACCAGUUUGGUCAUACAACAAUUGAUGCAGUGCGUCAUCCAGGCACGCUGGUUCGAUGCAUGCGAAUUCCUCACGCUGCCGGCUGUCAAUGAGGACAACGUCGAUGUCUUUCUCAACAUAUUACACGAUACACACGAUUACCUCACGCUGCCAGUGCUUAAGGAGCUAUGCAGCAAGGACUAUGAAGUGCUGGCAUCGCCCCUACGUAAUGUAUUCGAAGAGCAUGAGAUCGAGCAGAUGCACAGGGUUAUUCAAGGUCUACCCGAAAUCUCUCUGAAAAUCACUGUCGAGGGUCGUUAUCUGGAGGAAGAGUGCGCCAAGCGACCGCUGUCAAUUGACGAUAGUUCUGUGGUCUGGACACCACUGCAUGCUAACGAGGACUAUGUUCUGAGCGUUGAUCUGCUCCGUCUAAACACGGCUGGACAUCGUAGAAGUGCCGCCCAAGGGAACACCAUACAUUGUCCCAAGUAUCCAAAGCCCAAGAAUGAGGCUUGGUUCUUAACCCUCGGGUCGCAAUCCAAUGACGAGCUGCUAGCCAUGAAGCGACUGACGCUGCGUGGGACACGCUCCUCCAACCACAUUGCCUUCCAGGCAACGCCCCGCCGCGGGCGAUUGCUGCUAACGUUAUAUCUUAUGUCCGAUUGUCUGAUUGGAUUCGAUCAGCAAUACGAAUUGCAUUUUGAAAUUAUUGAUGCAAAGGCAUAGGCCAUGCAAGAGUCAAUGAAUACAUACAUCCCAUUACCACGAUCGUAACUAUUCUUCCAAAUGGAGGCUUGUUGAGCCAUAUUUAUAGAGUAGUUAAACCAGCAGCGCUGCUUAUUCAUGAAAUGUGAUCUGCCAGCCUAGAUACAUAUGUCAAACAGUUGUAUAUUGCUAUAGAAUGCUAUGUUAAGUUUCAUGUUAACAACCCGUAUUAAAGAAAACUUUGUACUAGCUGAA